UUUGAUAGAUGUCGCUGCUUGUAUAGCUUCGGCUUUUUGCAAAAUAAAAAAGAGUUACUACUGUAGCAAAGUUAAGUCGCACAAAAGUCCUGCAACUUUUGUUUGACAGAUAGCGCACACCGUUAAUACUGCUAGAUCCUGCGUUGUUUGUAUCAUCGUCUGUCAACGCUGAGAUUCGUUUUGCUUUUUGCUUUGGCUUGAGCUCCGGCACUGGCUCGUUCGUUUUUGCUUUGCGUUUUAUGGGGUUUCUCUUUUUAUCUGAUCCGUAAUGCCGCGUACAGUUGAAUGUUCGCAAUCUCAAUCCAUCCACAUCCUGGUAAAGUGGUGUGGAAUGCAGAUGUGGGACGUCUAUCCCAUACACGCCCUUCAGGAUGAAGAACUCAAACAAGUCCUUGUUCUCAACGGCGUCCAGGAAAACAAGGGGAGGUUGGUGCAGGUGGCAUGGUCCAACGGCGACGAACCUGCUCCCGCGCUGCUUGUAGAUGUCGGGACGCCAGCUGACAUGGAGAGGUUGAGAAAAAAAGUCGAGGGCAAACAUCGAGACGAUCAACCGAAUCAGGUGGAGCAGGAAUUGCUGCGUGUGCUUAAGGAGAGCGAAGCUCGCAAGAGGGAAAAUGUGACCUUGAAAGAAAAAGUGGAUAGUCUAUCUAACAUCCAUGCCUUGUCUUCCGAGAUGCAAGCAACUGUUCAGGACCUGAAGAGGCUACACAAGAAGACCCGAAAACUGCUCUCAAAAGAAGCAUUGCCAGAUGAGACGGAGCUUUGUGCAUCAACACUACAUAUCAGCACCUAUCGUACCAGUGAAGGGCAAGAGCUGUGUCCAGCAGAAUGA